AUGUCCAUAUUCGUCCUAUCACUCUUCGUUUUUGCCACUUCUUUCUACGCUUCCUGCACAAACCUAACAGCUUACGAUGUAGUCCAAAAAUACAAGUUACCAAGAGGAAUAUUACCAGAAGGUGUCAUCGACUACAAGCUAAACAACAAAACGGGAUUCUUCAAAGUCUACUUCAACAACACGUGUCGGUUCCCCAUCGAGGAAUACAAGGUAAAGUUCCAACCUAUCGUCUCGGGCUUCAUAAAAAACGGACGGAUCAGUAGGCUGAUGGGUGUAAGCGUCAAAGUGCUUUACUUCUGGCUCAGCAUCGGGGAGGUGACUAGUGAUGGCCAGGAACUCGAACUCUCUGUUGGUGCUGCUUCGGAAGAAUUCUCGCUGCAUCGUUUCGCCACGAGUCCACAGUGUGGUUGUGGGUUUUAUUGUCGUGAGCUCACAUUUUCCUCUUGA